UGAUUCUUCAACAAAACAUUCAUCGAUUCCCAAGACUUGCUCCAUUUCCUGCAGAUUAUCACAAUACACAAUCAUCCAUCUCACUUGCUCUCCACUCUCACUCUACCCACCACUUUUCUCUCUUUCUCACUCCUCCUUUGCCUUUGCCUUUGCCCUAGGGUUUGCAAUCAUAACCACCCCCCCCCCCUCUCUCUCUCUACCUCUUCUAGAUUCAAUUUUUUGAUUUCAAUUUCAUCCCAGCUUCUAAUGGAAAAGCAUUGAAUUGGACUCUAACCCUAGCAAACCCUGUUGGAUCAGUGAAAUUCUGGAUCGGGGAUAGAAUGGGAAGGUGUAUAAAACUUGGAUUAAGCUUGAAUUGGGGAAAGAUCCGCCAGUUUUUAUCUGUCAAUGGAAGUGUAUUGCUGAUUUGAGAAUCUCCCAAGCUGAUAAACAGCAAAAUUCGAUAUCGACAAGAUGCAUUUUGCUAAGCUCGAUGAUUCUCCUAUGUUCCGCAAACAGAUUCAGACAUUGGAGGAAAGUUCCGAAUCGUUAGGGGAGAGAUGUCUCAAAUUUUACAAGGGGUGUCGGAAAUACACUGAAGGGCUCGGCGAGGGAUACGACGGGGACAUAGCUUUCUCGAGCGCGCUCGAAACUUUUGGCGGAGGGCACAAUGAUCCCAUUAGUGUUGCCUUUGGAGGUCCUGUCAUGACGAAGUUUACCAUUGCAUUGAGGGAAAUCGGAACGUAUAAAGAGGUUCUUCGGUCUCAGGUUGAGCAUACUUUGAAUGAUCGUUUACUGCAAUUUGUGAAUAUAGAUUUGCAGGAUGUUAAGGAAGCACGGAAACGAUUCGACAAGGCUAGUCUUCUUUACGACCAGGCUCGUGAGAAGUUUUUAUCGCUUAGGAAAGGCACGAGAAGUGACGUAGCAAACACGUUGGAGGAGGAACUUCACCAUGCUCGGUCGACUUUUGAGCAAGCACGCUUUAAUCUGGUGACUGCACUUUCCAACGUCGAAGCGAAGAAAAGGUUUGAGUUCUUGGAAGCGGUCAGCGAAACAAUGGCAGCUCAUCUUCGGUAUUUCAAACAGGGUUACGAACUCCUGCAUCAAAUGGAACCGUACAUUAACCAGGUCUCAACUUAUGCGAAGCAAUCGAAAGAGAGAUCUAACUACGAGCAGGCCGCACUUAACGAGAGGAUGCAAGAAUACAAAAGACAGAUCGAUAGAGAGAGCCGAUGGUCUUCGAAUGGCGCCAACGGCUCUCCGAACGGAGACGGAAUCCAAGCCAUCGGGAGGAGUUCGCAUAAGAUGAUCGAGGCCGUCAUGCAAUCCGCCGCCAAAGGAAAGGUUCAAACUAUACGUCAAGGCUAUCUCUCGAAACGAUCGUCAAACCUCAGAGGUGAUUGGAAAAGACGAUUCUUUGUUCUCGACAGCAGAGGAAUGCUUUAUUAUUACCGCAAGCGAAGCAGCAAACCUUCCGGAUCGAGCACCCAACUUUCUAGCCAAAGGAAUAGCUCUGAACUCGGCUCUGGACUGCUCAGCCGAUGGCUAUCGUCGUCUCAUCACCAUCACGGCGGAGUACACGACGAGAAGUCCGUCGCUCAUCACACUGUAAACCUGUUGACGUCGACGAUAAAAGUCGAUGCCGAUCAGUCCGAUUUAAGAUUCUGCUUCCGGAUCAUUUCCCCGACGAAGAACUACACACUGCAGGCGGAGAGUGCCUUGGAUCAAAUGGAUUGGAUCGAAAAAAUUACCGGCGUAAUUGCAUCUCUACUGAGUUCUCAGGCUCCCGAGAGGUGUUUACCUGUGAGUCCAAUGGGAAGCGGCCAUCACCGAUCGACCAGCGAGAGCAGUUCGUUCGAGAGCGCCGAUUUCGAUCACGGAGCCGUCGACGAAUAUGCGGCGGAGAGAUUCGCCUCUUUGCAUAUGGACCGUCCUAUGCGAAGCUCGAUGCAGCAAAGAACGGGUCCGAAAAGCGAGAAGCCAAUCGACAUUCUGAGGAAAGUAUGCGGCAACGAAAAAUGUUCGGAUUGUGGCGCUCCCGAACCCGACUGGGCGUCGUUAAAUUUGGGCGUGCUCAUUUGCAUCGAAUGCUCGGGCGUCCACCGUAAUCUCGGCGUGCACAUCUCUAAGGUAAGAUCGCUGACUCUCGACGUUAAAGUUUGGGAGCCGUCUGUCAUCAAUCUAUUUCAGUCUCUCGGGAACACAUUUGCGAAUUCCGUUUGGGAAGAAUUGCUGACGCAGUCGAAAGACGUGUUUGAAGGAGAUCUCGGCAAGACGGGGAAACCCGGCCCCGACGACUCGAUUUCUACCAAGGAGAAGUUUAUUCACGCGAAGUACGCCGACAAGCUCUUCAUCCGGAAGCCCGCCGACGUUUAUUCGGUGGCACAACAAAUGUGGGACGCCAUUCGCGGGAACGAUAAGAAAGGAUUAUAUGGGUUAAUAGUCGGCUCGGAGAUCGACAUAAACGGAAUCUACGUACACGGAUCGUCGGGGAAUAAUUCUUCUCUCACCCUCGCCCGAGCGAUGCUAUUGCAAGAGCACACGGCGAUCGAUCCGUACUCCGGUUGCUUGGAUCCCGACAUAUUGCGCAAGACGUUCUCGGGUUCUUCGAAUUUUCCGGGCGAAGGUAUCGUCGGCGAUUUUGAUCUCGAUGGGUGCUCGUUGCUUCACCUAGCUUGCGAGAUCGCCGAUAUUGGUAUGAUCGAGCUUCUUUUGCAAUACGGAGCGAACAUAAAUGCUUCGGAUUCGAGAUCCCGCACGCCUCUUCAUCGUUGUAUCGUCAGACGUAGAGGCGCGUUAGCUAAGCUUCUCUUGACGAGGGGGGCCGAUCCUCGGGCAGUCGAUGGCCAAGGCAAAACCCCGCUACAGCUGGCGGUGGAGUCGAAUUUCGACGACGGUGAGGUUCUCGCAUUACUUUCGGAUUCGCACGAAUAACGACGAUCGAUUAAGGGCCGGCAUUGUGUAUCGGUAAUCUUCGAUGUGCUACGAACCGAACCCGGUGUAAAUUACGCGUAUCGAAUGUAGCUUUUGCAACGGAGAGUCUACACGGCCGUGUUGCGAAUUUGCUUAGCGGCGUGCAACGGAGAUGUGCCGUCGUCGUCGUCGUGUUCUUCGAGUCUUCUCUCUCUUUUAUUAUAUAUAUAUUUUGUAUGUAUUUAUGUAUGUAUGUAUGUAUACAUAAGUGUUGAGGUUGUGAUGGGAGUGAGGCAUUGUUGGUGUUU